ACCACACUCUUCUCCUCAACUCUCAAGUCUUAUCAACGGUCAACUUGAUUCUUAGCUGGAUCAUAAAUCAGAUUGAACCCCCAAAAUUCCCCGGCAAAAUCUACGUUUCCGAAUCAGUUGAAUUGAAUCCCGAAACCCCUGCUCAGAUUCAACCAAAUUAAUCCAGACAAUCGACGGCGCGGCGGACCUCGGCGGCGCAGCUGGUGGUACUGUCCUGAAGAAGCUUCCUCUGCCGGAAAAAUAGCGGCGGCGGUGGAGAUUUCGCUAAGAUGAAGGGUUUGUUCAAGUCGAAGCCGAAAACUCCCGCAGAUUUGGUGCGCCGCACGCGCGAUCUACUCAUAUUCGUGGAUCUCGGAGGACUCGACACUAAGGAGACGAAGCGCGAUGAGAAGAUGACGGAGUUGAGCAAACUUAUCCGAGAAUUGAAACAAAUUCUUUACGGAGACAGUGAAUCCGAGCCCGUCUCGGAAGCUUGUGCACAGUUGACGCAGGAGUUUUUGAAGGAGAACACUCUUCGUCUUCUUAUUAUAUGCCUUCCGAAAUUGAACUUAGAGACACGUAAGCAUGCCACACAAAUUAUCGCGAAUCUGCAGAGGCAGCAAGUGCAGUCGAGACUGAUUGCUUGUGAUUACUUGGAAAAGAACAUUGAUCUCAUGGAUAUACUGAUUGCAGGUUAUGGGAAUCCUGAUCUGGCGUUACAUUAUGGUGCAAUGUUAAGAGAAUGCAUACGCCAUCAAAUUGUUGCGAAGUAUGUUUUGGAAUCAGCGCAUAUGAAGAAAUUCUUUGAUUACAUACAACUCCCGAAUUUCGACAUUUCUUCUGAUGCUGCUGCCACUUUCAAGGAACUAUUGACUAGGCAUAAGUCCACAGUUGCUGAUUUUCUCUCCAAUAAUUAUGACUGGUUCUUUGCAGAGUAUAACUCUAAGUUGCUUGAAUCUACCAACUAUAUCACCAGAAGGCAAGCUAUCAAGCUAUUGGGUGAUAUGUUGCUUGAUCGUUCAAAUUCAGUUGUGAUGACUCGAUACGUUAGCUCAAGGGACAAUCUGAGGAUUCUCAUGAAUCUUCUUAGAGAAUCAAGCAAGACUAUUCAGAUCGAAGCGUUUCACGUGUUUAAGCUAUUCGCAGCCAAUCAGAACAAGCCACCAGAUAUUGUGAAUAUCCUUGUUGCAAACAGAAGCAAGCUUCUUCGCCUCUUUGCUGAUUUCAAGCCCGAGAAAGAAGACGAACAGUUUGAGGCUGACAAAGCACUAGUCGUCAAAGAAAUCGCGGAACUUGAGCCAAAAGAAUGAACGACGUUGAAUUCAGGUCUCAUGGCUGUGUUGUAUCUUAAAAAUGUGUGUCCAAAUUUAUAGAUGCUAUACUAAAUAGUUAUCAGGCUCUGUAUUGUGUAUUAAUGACGAGAACGAAACUUGGGAAGUAAUUCUGUACAUGAAGAAGCCCUAUUCGACUUAUUACAAUCGAAACCGAAAUUUUCUCUCAUGUUGUAAUAUAUAUAUUUCGAGUUAA